AUGUGGCCUGUAUACCUGCUGUUUUGCUGGGAGGUUCCGAAAGGUAAGUUUCGUUUUCCUCUGAAACCUCUAGCCAGCGACGUCUCAGCUGAGGUUGAGCUUCAGCACAACGGAGCUGUAUUUCGAAGAACUAUUAACUCUGUGCCAACUGAACUGCGAUUGGUGCUGGUGGGCAGAACAGGGGCAGGGAAAAGUGCCACUGGAAAUAACAUUUUGGGUGCGAAAUGUUUUGAAAGUGAAACUAGCAUGAGCUCAGUGACUAAGCAAUGCCAGAUGGAAUCUAAAAUGGUCCAGGGGCGGCAGCUGGCAGUUAUUGACACACCUGGCUGGUUUGACACGUCCCUCUCAACUGAAGAUGUUCAAGAUGAAGUGAUAAAGUGUUUGGCCAUGUGUGACCCUGGACCCCAUGCAUUUCUGCUUAUCAUAGCGAUCACUCGCUUCACUGAUGAGCAGCAGAAAUGUAUAGAUUUGAUUAAGAAGUUUUUCCAAGAGAACUUCACUGAUCACACACUCAUCAUUUUCACCCAUGCAGAUCUGCUGAAUGGUGAGCCAAUUGAGAGUUUCAUAUCAAGACAGGACAAAAAAAUCCAAGCUCUUGUUGAGCAAUUUGGGAGGCGCUUCUUGGCCUUCAACAAUAAAGACCCAGAAGAUAACCAAAGCCAGGUGGACCAGCUCUUGAAGAAGCUGGAUGAGUUGCUGGCAAAGAACAACUACUGUCACUUUAUCAACAAGGACAUGCAGGCAGUACAUAUGGCAAUAGGCAUAUUGGAACAGAAUAAAAAAGCAGUGAUGGAUCAGGAAAUUAAGAGAGUGAGACAGGAGGUAGCGAAGGAAGCAGAGCAUCGCAGGGAAGAGAUCAAUAAUACCUUGAUGAUAGAAAAACAGGAUAUACAAAGACGCAGCCAGCACAUCCAAGGCAAGAUCAAGCAGAUAAAUGAACUCAUAAGAAAAGAGAGUGAAAGACAGAGAGUGAAUUCCCAAAGACUGCAGCAUCUGCAAGAGUUUCUGGAUGGAGAAAGCAAGAAAUUAACAAACCUGAAGGAGGAGCAGGAGAUGGUGGUAAAGGAAGCUGAAAUACAAAUGGAGGACCUGGACGCAUAUAUUCGAGAAGAAGAGGAGAAGAGAGAGAGAGAAGUGAGGGAAAACAUCCAAAAGGAAGAUGGAAGCAAGUGGUAUAAAAAUCCUUUUUAUUUCAAAAUGCUGAAGUACCUUCUCGUUUUUUUGGGUGGAGCCGGAAUAGGACUUGGGGUGGCACCUCUACUUGGAUUUCUAGCUCCGGCAGCACCUGCAGGACUGACAGCAGAGUUGACUGCCCUGCUAGGGCCGGAGGUCGUAGCCAUCCUGACAGCAGCAGCUGCAAAAGUACCUCCCCUAGUGGCUGUGGCAGUUGCAAGGGCAUCUCCUUUACUGGCCGGCCAGUGCUCUAUUCAGUGACCCUUACACAAUUAAUGUCCAAAGGCUGAAUAAAA